AAAAAUCACGCUCCGCAUUCAUCUCUCAACAGUGCAAGACAGACCGAAGUGUGUUUCAAAUAACUGCUUUUGGGAAAGCAAACUUACUUUAACUCAAGUUUUUAAAUGAAAAGGAUAGCGCUCGUUUCCAAACGUCAUCCAAGAAGCACAAGGUUUUGAGUUCCAGCUAAUUUGUUCGGGAAAUCAGGUGCUCCCCUCUCCCCCAUCCUGUCCUCUCUGCAUGGUCAUGUUCUGCUGUUGCUACCCCUCCAGCACCUCAGCUCUCCUGUUAGUCCUCCUCAGCCUCACCCCCUUGCCGGCCCUGGCUGCUCCUGCACUUCAGCAGAGAUCUUCAAUCAGCAGCAUCGAUGAGGCUCUCCACUUGGCAAAAGAGGACCCGGGGGCAACAGAAGGAGAUGCUUGGACACACAGGAAAGUGGACAGCCUGCUCCAGAAACCCCUGGGACAGGAACUUGUUUCAAAUAUGGACUCUGCCAGUGCUCUAGCCUCAGUUCUACUUGAGGCGCUUGACCACCCAGUUAGAGAGAAGAUGGCCCAGGGGAAUUCUGAAGAAGCACUCCUGAUAGAGGCGACAAGGAAUCAGGCAGUGAUGGAGCAGGACAUGGAAAAUCAUCAGAGUCAGUUCAUCAAGAACAGUGUGAAUACGGUUAAAGCAGUGGAUGGAGAACUGCAGAGUCAGUCUGACGUAGCCUCCUCCCUCCAACGCAAAGCCAGGGGUUAUUUCCAAAAUAUUGACCUAGGACUGCAAGACAAUGAGAUCCUCCCACCUUUGAAAGGCUACAAAGCCUAUAACCAGCAGCUGGCCCAGGCCACUAAGAAGCUGAAGUGGCAGGAGGAGCGAACAAAAAGCCCAUCGCAGCUUGAAAGAAACUUUAUGGAUGAUUUUGACUUUGUAGAAGAGGAGGAGGAAGAGAUUCUGACCCGCAAGGAGGAAGAGGCACGGGCAAGGGCAGAGCAGGAGGAGGUAAGGCGGCAGGAGGCAGAAGCACAGGAGGCUCGUGAGGAGGAGCAGAGACUGGCAGACAUCGCCUCUGAUAUGCUUCUGGAGUACAUGGGCAGAAAGCAGAAAUCCUCCUCCUACAUGAGAGACAUGAAUGAGGUGGCUCUUCUGAACAACGUAGCAGAGGAUAAACGCUCGAAUGAGGUAGAGGACAGUGAUGAUGAUGAUGAGAUGGAUCCCCAAACCAUCGAUAAGCUGAUCGAGAUCUCCAGCAAGCUGCACUUGCCUGCUGAUGAUGUGGUUGAAAUAAUCAGUGAUGUUCAGGAGAAGAAGAAAAAAAGGAAGGAUUUACCCCCGAACAACACCCCUCGUUUCCGUCCUCUAGUUCCCCUCAAAGCCAAGCCAAGGCCUCAGGCAUAUCAGUAUCCCAAGUCACCUAAGAAAUCCUCUUACACAGUCGAUCCAUAUAAGAAAUGGUACAAGGAGAAAAACAAAAGCAAGUUCAACAAACAGGACUACUGGUUUAAGCCGCAGAAGCAGUUUCUGGCCUAUCCCUCGUUCCCCUAUUAUCAGAAGCCAUAUCGAGCCUACUACCCAGUCUACUUCCCGGCUCCUAAACCUCGGUUCUAUACAAAUCCUGCUCUGUCAUUUGAUUACAACUUUGGGGGCUCCAUGGGGUACGGUCUGAAGCCUCCAAACCGCAGGUACAGAGACAGGCCCAAGACGAGGGACUGGAAGUGGGCGCAAGCCCCUCAGCGCCCCCAGAGCCCCUACCCACAACCUGACACUGUCAUAUCUAAUUACAUUCUCCCUCAUCCCCGAACUUACCAGGCUCUCCCCAUGCCAAAACCACGCUCUCCUCCGAGUGGGAGAGCACCUUCUUACAUUUAUCCACCAGACUAUGUGUACGAUGAGCCGGAGUCUCCACAGGAAAGUGACGAAGAACUGGAGAACUUCAUUGAGAAGAUUUAUUACAACCGUAGGUUAUUUUAGACAGUUGGAGAGUUCAGGAUUUUCUCAAGCGAUGAAUCAAGCGAUGAAAGAGUAAGGAGAAAAAGCUGACAGGGGGUUUGAGUGA